UUUCCCAUUCUUCCCACGAAUCUCUGCAAGGGCUGAAGCAGUCUCACUCCCCGCGCCGCAAAGGAGCCCAUCUUUCUGGGGCACUGGUGCUCAAGGAGUGUCCUAUUAUUUCGUUCUCAUAAUGCUUGAAACGUGGUUUUCUCGAUGCUCGUUUGUGUUCCGCCGCUCCUCAGUGCUCCCGGACCGAACAAAUCUAGGAUCCCGGAUUCAUGCGACCGGACGUCGUAAUGCGUCUGCUGCAACUGCAGCGAAAUCAAAGCGAAAACCAUCAACGGGUUCUGGAGAGACCUCAACGACUCAGUUCCAAUUGGCAGAUGCUGACCUUGGUCGAUUGAUGCGUCAACGUAACAUCGGUGUAUCGGCUCAUAUUGACUCUGGAAAGACAACCCUUACAGAAAGAAUUCUCUAUUACACUGGACGGAUACGAGAAAUCCAUGAGGUCAGGGGCAGGGACGAAGUUGGCGCUAAAAUGGACAGUAUGGAGCUAGAGAGGGAAAAGGGCAUCACUAUUCAGAGUGCUGCAACGUUUUGCGAUUGGAAUGCCACACACCCUAUAACAGGGAGCAAGGAGAAGUACGCUAUUAAUAUCAUUGAUACCCCGGGACACGUUGAUUUCACCAUCGAAGUUGAGCGGGCCCUACGGGUUCUAGAUGGUGCGGUAUUAGUCCUUUGCGCUGUUUCAGGAGUUCAGAGCCAAACUAUCACCGUUGAUCGUCAGAUGAGACGCUACAAUGUUCCUCGUAUAUCGUUCAUCAACAAAAUGGAUAGGGCUGGUGCUAACCCUGAUCGGGUCAUUUCCCAAUUACGCAACAAACUGAAAAUUCCGGCUGCCGCUGUCCAAGUGCCCAUAGGGGCUGAAGAGGAGUUCAAAGGGGUGGUAGAUCUCAUUCGCUGGAAAGCCAUUUACAACGAAGGCGUCAAAGGAGUUGACGUCGUUGAGUCUGACGUUAUACCUCCCAACGUAGUUGAGAAGGCAAAAGCCAAGCGGCAAGAACUUAUCGAAGCGCUCGCUGACGUGGACGAGGAAAUUGCGGAUCUGUUUCUCGCAGAGGAAGAGAUUACCUCGAACCAUCUUGUGGAUGCUAUCCGUCGUAACACCAUCGGAUUAAAAUUCUCUCCAGUCUUCCUCGGUUCAGCAAUCAAGAACACUGGUGUCCAACCAAUGCUUGACGGUGUCUGUUCUUACCUUCCGAACCCAUCGGAGGCUGAGGUGACUGCACUGGACACGACCAAACCUAAUCCGGACAGUCAGCCGGUACCAUUGAUUCCCACGGCCGACGCCUCUCUUGUCGGCCUCGCCUUCAAACUAGAAGAAGGUCGUUAUGGACAGCUCACGUACAUGCGAGUUUAUCAAGGGGCUUUAAGGAAGGGCGCGGUUAUCUACAACGUCCGUUCGGGGAAGAAAUUGAAGGUCCCUCGCUUGGUACGAAUGCACAGUAAUGACAUGGAGGAUGUCAAUGAAAUCGGACCAGGAGAAAUUUGUGCCAUGUUCGGAGUUGAGUGUUCUUCUGGAGAUACUUUCAGUGACGGGUCCAACUCAUACUCCAUGACGUCCAUGUUUGUUCCAGACCCCGUCAUUUCCCUUGCGAUCAAGCCGGUCGGCCAGGAGACCCCCAACUUCUCGCGAGCUCUGAAUCGCUUCCAGAAGGAAGAUCCCACCUUCCGCGUGCACAUUGAUCCAGAAAGUCAAGAGACGAUCAUAUCUGGGAUGGGGGAGCUUCAUCUUGAAAUUUAUGUGGAGCGUAUGAUGCGAGAGUACAACGUUGCUUGCAGCACCGGGAAACCUCGAGUUGCUUUCCGUGAAGCAGUAACCACCAAAGCAGAUUUUUCAUAUACGCACAAAAAGCAAACUGGAGGUGCUGGCCAGUUUGGCCGUGUAGUUGGGUAUAUUGAACCCAUGGAAAAGGAUGAAGAUAGUGGAAAAGACGUGGGCUUUGAGAACCUGGUUACGGGUGGUAACAUCCCAACCGGGUACAUACCAGCUUGUGAACAGGGUUUCUUAGAUGCUCUGAAGAAAGGGACACUCUCUGGGCACCAAGUGUCAGGAGUUCGUUUUGUAUUGAUGGACGGUGCUGCUCAUGCUGUUGAUUCCUCCGAACUGGCCUUCCGACUAGCGGCAUUCGGUGCAUUCCGGGAAGCUUACAAGAAAGCGAACCCUGUUAUCUUGGAACCAAUCAUGUCGGUCGAAGUGAUCGCGCCCGUAGAGUUUCAAGGCGCUGUCAUUGGUGGGAUAAACCAGCGCCGUGGGACAAUCAUUGAUACAGAGGUUAGGGACGAUGAGUUCACCGUCACAGCAGACGUGGCGUUAAACGACAUGUUUGGUUACUCGAGUCAGUUGCGUGGAAUGACUCAGGGGAAAGGCGAAUUCUCUAUGGAAUACAAGACGCACGAGCCUGUUUUACCCAAUGUACAAGCCGACAUGCAAAAGGCAUACCAAAAAUUCUUAGAAAAGAAGUAGAGUAAUCCUCUCCUGUGGCUAGAGGUGAUCGAUUCGCAGCACGCUCCUUCGCUUGCAUCUCCGAUACGGUAUAAUUUAGAUGUAUAAUCGUGUUCUCAUCAUUCUAUUUCUUCCAUGGGAAGUGCAACCCCAUCUCCGUCGUGAGGAAUGCUCGUUUCGUGGGGCGCUGCAAACAGUGAAAAGAUUCUCAUAGCAAGAGUAUCCGGAGAGGUUCGAAGAAAAGGGACUUGGAUCAUCCAAGUCACAGUUGUAAGUGUUGCGAUCGGUGGAUUUGUUAAAAGGGUUGGUAUCAAUCGGUGUGGGGCUGCCUCACUCCAGCGACGCAAUGAUGGGAUUCACGCGAUCAUGAUUGUGAGAUCCAGAAUUGGCAUCACGG